UUGAGCGCCCGUCAUCCACCGUCAGCGCUCAUCACCUCCACCGUCAGCCCGUCACCCACCGUCAGCGCCCGUCCCACCGUCAGGGCCUGUCAUCUCCACCGUCAGCGCUCGUCACCCCACCGUCAGCGCCUCGUCACCCACCGUCAACGCUCGUCAUCCCACCGUCAGCGCUCGUCAUCUCCACCGUCAGCGUCAUCACCCACGUCAGCUCUCGUCACCCACCGUCAGCGCUCGUCAUCUCCCACCGUCAGCGCUCAUCACCUCCACCGUCAGCGCGCUCGUCACCUCCACCGUCAGCGCUCGUCAUCUCCACCGUCAGCGCUCAUCCUCCACCGUCAGCGCUCGUCAUCUCCACCGUCAGCGCUCGUCACCUCCACCGUCAGCGCUCGUCAUCUCCACCGUCAACGCUCAUCACCUCACCGUCAGCGCUCGUCAUCUCCACCGUCAGCGCUCAUCACCUCCACCGUCAGCUCUCGUCAUCUCCACCGUCAGCUCUCGUCAUCUCCACCGUCAGCCUCGUCACCUCCACCGUCAGCGCUCGUAUCUCCACCGUCAACGCUCGUCACCUCCACCGUCAACGCUCAUCACCUCCACCGUCAACGCUCAUCCUCCACCGUCGCGCUCAUCCUCCACCGUCAACGCUCAUCACCUCCACCGUCAACGCUCGUCAUCUCCACCGUCAACGCUCGUCAUCUCCACCGUCAACGCUCAUCACCUCCACCGUCAACGCUCAUCACCUCCACCGUCAACGCUCAUCACCUCCACCGUCAACGCUCAUCACCUCCACCGUCAACGCUCAUCACCUCCACCGUCAACGCUCAUCACCUCCACCGUCAACGCUCGUCACCUCCACCGUCAGCUCAUCACCUCCACCGUCAACGCUCAUCACCUCCACCGUCAACGCUCAUCACCUCCACCGUCAACGCUCGUCACCUCCACCGUCAACGCUCAUCACCUCCACCGUCAACGCUCAUCACCUCCACCGUCAACGCCUCAUCACCUCCACCGUCAACCUCAUCACCUCCACCGUCAACGCUCGUCACCUCCACCGUCAACGCUCAUCACCUCCGUCAACGCUCGUCACCUCCACCGUCAACGCUCCUCACCUCCACCGUCAACGCGCAUCACCUCCACCGUCAACGCUCAUCACCUCCCACCGUCAACGCUCGUCAUCUCCACCGUCAACGCUCAUCACCUCCACCGUCAACGCUCAUCACCCACCGUCAACGCUCAUCACCUCCACCGUCAACGCUCAUCACCUCCACCGUCAACGCAUCACCUCCACCGUCAACGCUCAUCAUCGCCACCGUCAACGCUCGUCAUCUCCACCGUCAACGCUCAUCACCUACACCAUCAACGCUCAUCACCUCCACCGUCAACGCUCAUCACCUCCACCGUCAACGCUCAUCCCUCCACCGUCAACGCUCGUCACCUCCACCGUCAACGCUCAUCACCUCCACCGUCAACGCUCAUCACCUCCGUCAACGCUCGUCAUCUCCACCGUCAACGCUCAUCACCUCCACCGUCAACUCCUGACAUCUCCACCGUCAACUCAUCACCUCCACCGUCAGCGCUCGUCAUCUCCACCGUCAACGCUCAUCACCUCCACCGUCAGCGUCGUCACCUCCACCGUCAACGCUCGUCAUCUCCACCGUCAACGCUCAUCACCUCCACCGUCAACGCUCGUCAUCUCCACCGUCAACGCUCAUCACCUCCACCGUCAACGCUCAUCACCUCCACCGUCAACGCUCAUCACCUCCACCGUCAACGCUCAUCACCUCCACCGUCAGCCUCGUCAUCUCACCGUCAACGCUCGUACCUCACCAUCAACGCUCAUCACCUCCCCGUCAACGCUCGUCACCUCCACCGUCAACGCUCGUCACCUCCACCGUCAACGCUUGUCAUCUCCACCGUCAACGCUCAUCAUCUCCACCGUCAACGCUCAUCACCUCCACCGUCAACGCUCAUCACCUCCACCGUCAACGCUCAUCACCUCCACCGUCAACGCUCAUCACCUCCACCGUCAACGCUCAUCACCUCCACCGUCAACGCUCGUCAUCUCCACCGUCAACGCUCAUCACCUCCACCGUCAACGCUCAUCACCUCACCGUCGCCUCGUCAUCUCCACCGUCAACGCUCAUCACCUCCACCGUCAACGCUCAUCACCUCCACCGUCAACGCUCAUCCUCCACCGUCAACGCUCAUCACCUCCACCGUCAGCUCGUCAUCUCCACCGUCAACGCUCGUCACCUCCACCGUCAACGCUCAUCACCUCCUGUCAACGCUCGUCACCUCCACCGUCAACGCUCGUCACCUCCAUCAUCAUCUCCACCGUCAACGCUCGUCAUCUCCACCGUCAACGCUCAUCACCUCCACCGUCAACGCUCAUCACCUCCGUCAACGCUCAUCCUCCACCGUCAACGCUCAUCCAUCCACCGUCAGCCCAUCACCCACCGUCAACGCUCGUCAUCUCCACCGUCAACGCUCAUCACCUCCACCGUCAACGCUCAUCACCUCCACCGUCAGCUCUCGUCAUCUCCACCGUCAACGCUCAUCAUACUCCACCGUCAACGCUCAUCACCUCCACCGUCAACGCUCGUCACCUCCACCGUCAACGCUCAUCACCUCCACCGUCAGCUCUCGUCAUCUCCACCGUCAACGCUCAUCAUCUCCGUCAACGCUCAUCACCUCCACCGUCAGCUCUCGUCAUCUCCACCGUCAACGCUCAUCACCUCCACCGUCAACGCUCAUCACCUCCACCGUCAACGAGAGAAUGCCUCUUAACCCAACAACAAGAAAGAGAGAUAACAUGUGCUCCAUAA